GGAUGAGUUUGUGUUUGCACAUGGGAGAGAUGAAUAAAUUAUUAAUGGAAAUUAAUAAGCUGCCCCUUUAAUUUUGUCAUCACACAACACAAGAGAGAUGAUUAUACCACUUUUUUAAUUGAAAUUUAAGUGUAUCCACUUUGACUUGUGUGUAUCUCAAAGUAUAUAAAUAUAUAGACAUCACAUUGUUCCAAAGAGCAAGUCUUAUAAAGAAACAAAACAAAACCAGCCUCUCCUCACAAGACUUUUCUUUUAGAGAGAGAGAGAGAGAGAUGGGAAGGGCUCCAUGCUGUGACAAGGCAAAUGUGAAGAAAGGGCCAUGGUCACCUGAAGAAGAUGCAAAGCUAAAGGAAUACAUAGAGAAGCAUGGCACUACUGUUGGCAAUUGGAUUGCUCUCCCUCAAAGAGCUGGUCUCAAAAGAUGUGGGAAAAGCUGCAGAUUAAGAUGGCUCAACUAUCUCAGACCAAACAUCAAACAUGGAGAGUUUUCUGAUGAUGAAGAUAGAAUCAUUUGCAGCCUCUUUCAUCGCAUUGGAAGCAGGUGGUCAAUAAUAGCAGGCCAAUUACCAGGCAGAACAGACAACGACAUCAAGAACUACUGGAACACGAAGCUGAAGAAGAAACUACUCGGAAACAAUAUCAUCUCUCCUCCAUCUCCAUUUCUCCCAAAUCUCAAUUCCCAAAUCCCAUCACCAUAUGAUCAUCAAUACGUCAACACCAACUCAUUUAGGGCUUUCUCCGCCGGAGUCGACCCGCCUUCUCUCAUCUCUUCCGGUUUCAUGCAUGGGAAUUACAACAAUCAAGUCAUCUUCGGAGGCGGCGGCGAAGCCAGCUGCAGCUCCUCAGACGGGAGCUGCAGCACCAACAACCAAAUCGGUGAAAAUUUAGGGUUUCAUCAUCAGAGUUAUUUGGGCAACCACGAUGAAACUCAAAAGUUCUUCAUCACCGAGGCUAAUGGAUAUGAUCACAGCAAAGGGGGGAUUUUCAGCCAUGGAAAUCCACUGGAUUACAGCAUGGAAGAUAUCAAGCAGCUGAUUAGCACUAAUCACAUUUCCACUAAUCUCAACUUCUUUGUGGAUGAGAUCAAGACAGAACCAGGAACAACAUUGUACUACUGAUGUUUUUUUUAAUGGUUUUGAUCUGUGAGGAAACUUGUUGUUUUUUUUUUUUUAAUAGUACAUAGUGGAAAUGAUUCUCCUC